AUGGCGGCCACGAUUGCUAAGUAUGCGGCGAUGGCAGCGAUCAUGGCUCCCACGAUGGCCUACAUGCCACAGUUUGCUGGAACCGGUGUUAGCCUCCGCUCCGCUGUUUGCAAUGUUCCAGUCGCGCAUGCACCCAGACACUCUCUUGCAUUGAGAAUGUCGGACGAUGCUGUGGCUGAGAUUGCGGGAGUGAAAGAGGAGACCGAUGGAGAGCAGCGCUCGUUGAAGAAGACCAGGACAAACAAGCGCCGCACUCCUUCCAAGAACAAGAAGCCUCUCUCUGACUACGAGGUUGGCAGCACUGUCCCUGGCAAGGUUGUCUCCAUCAUGCCGUACGGAGCCUUCGUCGACAUCGGCGCUACCACCGACGGUCUUGUCCACGUCUCUCAGCUUGCUGAUGAAUUUGUCUCGGACAUCGAGAGCGUUGUCAAGGUUGGAGAUGAGGUUCAAGUGAGGAUCACCGAGAUCAACGCGGACAUCAACAAAGUCUCUCUCAGUAUGCGGUCAGAGAACGCUCCCAGCCGAGGGGAGAGGAACGAACGCCGCUCGGGUGGCGGCGGGAGGUCCGAGCUUCCAGAGAAGUUUAAGAACUUCGAUGACAAGGAGUUCAUCAAGGGAACUGUCGCAAGCUUGAUGGAGUACGGAGCGUUCGUGACCAUCGGCGAGGGUGUCGACGGGCUUGUCCACAUCUCGCAGAUCUCCGAGGAGCGAGACACCAAGAUCGACAAGGUCCUGACCGUCGGCCAGGAGGUGAAUGUCCGCAUCAUUAACUUCGACCAGAAAAGGAAGAGGCUCUCGCUGUCCAUGAGGGAAUGGAGGGAGCCUGAGGUUAAGCCUGAGGAGGAUGAGAUCAGAGGCUACAUCGACGAGGUCCCAGCUGACGCCAAGAGCGCUUUCCAGAUCGCUUGGGAGAAGGCUCAGGCUGCAGCGGCCAAGUAA